UCAUGAUGAACAAAUGAAAUUCAAAUCUCUCUUUCUUUUCAUUGCUUUUUUGUCCUUCGAACUACAACUACUACUACUUUUGCCGUUAGCAACUUGAAAGUUGAAACUCCUUAGACCCAACUCACUACUAUUUCUCUUUCAUAAUACUCUUUUUUUUUUUUUUUCUUUACUUUUUUGGUUCCUACAACAUGAAGUCGUUAUCUUCUUCUCCUUCCUUUUCAUCAUGUUCAUCCACUAUCACCUCUUUUGAUGCAAAUAUGUGCAAUUCAAAGAGUGCCACUGCCGGGUGUCUAGCCGGUCUUUUGCGCCGAAUUCUCUGCUCUGGCAACCUUCCUACACAUCCUUCAGAUCAAAUCAAAGAAGUUGAUUCUGUGUUAUGUGAUAAAGAUCAUGAAUUGAAGGCCAAGGAAAGUAUUGAGACUACCACUGCGCCUGGGAUAGUGGCAAGGCUUAUGGGUUUGGAGUCGAUGCCAGAGAUCAACUUGUUACAUAAUUCAAGCCCAAAUUCAAUUUCACGUAGCCGAUCCAUGAAUUCAGCUGAUCACUUGGCCGGGUUUGAUCAAAUGCAAGGGCAGCAUCGAAGGGUCAAAUCCACGUUGUCCUUCCGAGAGUUGCCAACCUUUCUCGAGCUUGAAAACGAGAACUUUCUUGUACUCAGCUUCGAAAAUGGAGGUGAAAGUAAAGAGUUAAGAUCAGAAGGGGGGAAAUCUGAAAUGGGUUUUGGAGAAUUGAAGCAAAGACGAGCAGAAAGAUGUAAAAACAGGGAGAAUAGAACAGAGAGGGUGUCAGAGAAGAACAAGAAAAAGAAGAACUACAACAAAGGGGAUCAAGGAACCAGCAGAAAGGUUUUAAAUUAUUUGAAUGAGCAGGAGAAGCAGAGUAAGAGAAUCUCAGUCAGUGACAAGCCUGUUGAGAAGGUAUGCAAUAAUGUUAAAGACUCAACUAUCACUACCUCUCCUGCCAAAAACUCCCAUGAAAAACCACAUGUUGUUGUCGCCUCGGAAGCUGUGAAAUCGUCCAAACCCGUUAGCCACAAUGAAGUCUUCCAUAAAGGGAAACCAAGGAGGAAGAAGAAGAAAACCAGUCCAUGUCUAGUUCAAAUGGUAGAAUCUGAUGGAAGCUCCGAAGAUUCGAGCCCGGUUUCUGUUCUUGAGUUUGAUCAUUUCCUUUUUGAUCCUCAAGUUUCAAGAUCAGAAGAAGAUUCGAGUUUGGCUGAUUCAAGGUCACGAAGGAAGUUAUCCCCGGAGCUUGAAAAUUACAAGCAGCAAUCUCCACGAAAGGACAACAAUUUGAUAGGUGAUGAUGAGAUGAAAACAAAGAAUAUUGAAGGCAAAUAUCAUGGCACAAAGAAGAAAGAGUGCCACAGCCAAAACUACAAGGAAAUGUGGGGUGAAAUUCUCACACUGACUGGUGCUGAGUUGGUUCAUUCAAAUUGGGUAUACGGGAGAAUAGGGAAGCAUCAAGAUUUUGAAGAUAUUGGUGCAAAUAUUGAGCUGGAAAUUCUUGAUCGAUUACUAGACGAGCUGGUAGGUCAAUUAGUUGGACUUCAAUGAAAAAUUUGAUCUUGUAAGACUUUUACUACAACCUUUGUAAAUUUCGCAUUUACAAUAAACUCUACAAAGAAAGUUUUUUUUUUUUUUUCUUCUUC